AUGUUACUGCUGAAGCGGCUGCUGCAGCUUAUAAGAGCAUGCCUUCGCUGUGGUGUUGCUUUUACAUUGGAGGAAAGCAAAUGGCGCAUCACUGCGAUCGCGUACCUGCCACUACAUGCUGUAUUGGCGGUGUUUCCUUUUACGGCAUUUGCCGGCAAUGUGCGUAAAUACGCGCGAGCUGUGAAGCGACAGAGCGAGCGGUUGCGUCGAAACCAAAAUCUGUGCUCACACGCCAACACGAAUGGGAUGGGCGAGGAGCCUGAUGGCUCACGUUGCGCAGUGACCUGGGCCCGUCAGCUCAUGGCGACCAGCAAACGGCUGUUUGAGUAUGCGCAGAAGUGUCUCUCUGACCAAGACAAGGGCGUGGCGUUUUGGCAACUUCUCGGUCUGCAGUGUCCAGCGGUGGAUGAGUUGACCACUCUGGUGAAGGCGCUGAGUCCACCUCAAUGCCCCGACCCCAUCCGUCACCUGUGUCUCGUGCACAAACACGUUCAGGCGCAAUCCACGCUCGGUCACCUGAUCCGUGACUUGUGUUCGCGUCGUUGUGCCCAGCUGCGUGACUACAAGGCUCGUGUGAUUGUGCUCAGGAGGUUGGGGUACCUGAAGUGGAGGAUCGGGGGACCUGCGCAGCUAACACGCAAAGGCCUGGCAGCUCUAGAAAUCGACCAAAGAGAGGUGCUGUUGUGCGAGGCACUCUGCCAUGGAUUGCUAAAUCACCGAACACCCGCCGAAGCAGCCGCCGUGCUCUCCUGCUUCGUUUGCGACAGCCAAUGUGAAAGGAGCAGGCCAUUUGUUUCUGGUCGGUUGCAGUCGGUCGUAGCGCGGAUGCUGGACCUGGCGAGUGAGCUGAAAUAUUCCUCGGCAUGGACAGGCGUGGAUAAUAGUGACAUCGACUUUCAUGUGAAUCCAGGGCUUGUAGAAGCCACUUAUGCCUGGGCACGUGGUGAAGCGUUGUCAGUCGUGGCAGACAAAUCUGGUGCCGACGAAGGCCAUCUGCUCAGAGCCUUCAAACGCCUAGGUGAGGUCCUGCAACAGGCUCGAAAGGCAUGUCAUCACCUCGGUUACCAGACCCUUGAGACACUGAUGCUUGAUGCUCAUGUGGCUAUAAACCGAGGUGCGUUGACCAUUAUGAGCAUGUCUGGGCCUCCCCCUCCCCCCUCUGCCAACACCAUUGCUGCCGUCGCCUCCGCCGACAUCGCCAACAUUGACUUCAUGUGCUUUUAUGCCUUGUGCGCAUGA